AUGACCAAAAGAGCAUUGGUGGUAAUUGAUUUGCAAGAGGAUUUUCUUCCUCCCAAUGGUUCAUUAGCAAUACAAGAUGGGAGGACCAUUGUUCCGGCUAUAAAUGAGCUACUUUGUGAACUGGAAUUGAAGAAAUGGGACUUGGUUGUUGCUUCACAAGAUUGGCAUCCUGCAAACCAUACAUCUUUUGCGUCUCAACAUGCAGUCUCACCUUUCACUGAGCUCGAGUUUCAAAAUCCUGAAACAGGAGAAACUAAAACACAAGUUGUAUGGCCCGACCAUUGCAUACAAGGAACCCAUGGUGCUUGUUUUGCACCAUCGUUUGCAAAUAAAUUGGAAAAGGUGCAAAAUGGCGCCAUAAGCAAGGCAGUAGUUAUUAAAAAGGGUUAUUUGCAAGACCGGGAAUACUAUUCAUGUUUUCAGGACUCGUGGGGUUUACAUCAUACCGAGAUGAAACUGGUUUUGGAAACUAAUAAAAUAGAUGAAGCUGUUUUUGUUGGGUUGGCUUACGAUUAUUGCGUCAUGCACUCUGCUAUUGACUGUGCCAAAAGUGGGUUUAAAACUUAUGUGGUGAAAAGUUUAUGUAAAAGCGUUGAUCCAGAAAAGAUUAAUGACACCGAUGAAAUGUACCGAAUAAAUGGGGUGAUUAUAGUCGAUAGUAUCCUGGAGAUCAUUGACUGA